CCGCCAUUACUGAUUUCUGAGGAUUGAGCAAACCAGGAAGAAGAGGCACACAGCAGACGACAGUAAAAUGGUGAAUGAACAGCUUUUUGAGAACUCUUCGGAAUCAGAGGACACUGCACUAAUACACAGAUGAAGGUGUAACUGAUAUUUUAAGCAGAAUUCAUUAUGGCGAAUGUGGAAUAUGAGGACGGUGUUGCAAAACCUAAGCAGCGGGGGCGGAGCCCAGAUUUUCUACGGCCUGACUUCAACAGGAGUGAGCAGAUGCAAGGAAACAGUACUGGAUACAUGUCACCUUCAAUGUCUGAGCUGAGGGUUGUUCUGCUGGGGAACAGCUGGUCUUUGAGGAGCGACGUGGGGAACUUCAUACUGGGAGAGACCGUGUUCAGCACUAAGGAUGAGUUAGACAAAUGCUUGAAACACAGUAGACAGAUUAAGGAGAAAUCAAUAACUCUCAUCAACACUCCGAACCUGCUCCGGGUCUCUGAACGAAAACUGACAGAGCUGGUAGAAAACUUUGUGAGGCUCUCUGAUCCUGGACCUCAUGUGUUCCUGCUGGUUCUACAGCCUGAAGACUUCAUUGAGGAGCAAAGACUGAGGCUUCAGUCGAUCCUUGAAAUCUUCAGUGGUCAGUCCUUUCACCAUUCACUGGUACUGAUCUCAGCACCCAGAGAGGAGAAUACUGGUCUUACAGACAAACAUCCACCAUUAGGCGAAAUUAUCAGAAAAUGUAAACACCACUUAUGGUGGCAGGAGAACACUGAACCUUCAAAGUUGUUAAGUUUGUUUGACCAAAUUGUUGAGGAAAAUGGUGGAGAUCACAUGAGCUGUGAUGUAUUUAACAACAAAACGUCUGAGUUACUAAGCAGGCAGGGGGGAGCAGUCAAUACGGAUCCUGCUGGAGCUGCAGGAGGCAAGUCUUUAUGGAAUUCAGCAAAAAACUUCUUCACAUCUUACAAUCCACUAAGGCAAUCACCAGCAGGAAGUGCAUCCAAUCAAUCUGCUAUACUCAGGAUUGUGCUGGUAGGAAAAAGUGAAGAAAAAAAGAAUGAACUUGGCAACUUCAUCAUUGAUGGUCAAGGUUUUAAUUCAGGAAAAAAAAUGAACCACUGUGUGGCCUCCUGUGGAGAGUGGACAGGGAAGUCUUUAACAGUGGUAAAAACACCAAACCUUUUCAGUUUUACUGAGCAGACAGUAAGAAGACGAGUGAAAACGUGCACAGAUCUGUGCUUUCCUGGACCAAAUGUUCUGCUGCUGCUGGUGAACCCUUCUGACUUUAAUGAAAAUGACAAAGACAGACUUAAUUUUAUCCUGAACUUGUUUGGCCAAACUGUUUUUAGACACACAAUGAUUGUCAUAACACAGAAGGAAAAACGGAUAUGUCCUGCUGUGAAAGAGCUGCUAAAAGAUUGUGGAAGUAAAUCGUACAACAUGGUUAAGCGUGAUCGUAAACAAUUAAUGGGAAGCAUUGACAAAAUUGUGCAUGAGAACAAAGAACAGUUCCUCACCUUCACUGAAGACAUCACAAGACCAGAGUGUGAACAGAUGAAACUGCCUCUGAACCUGGUUCUGUGUGGGAGGAGAGGAGCAAUGAAGACGUCAGCAGCCAAGGCCAUUUUAGGUCAGACUGAGCUUCAUUCAGUCUCCAACUCAUCAGAGUGUGUUAAACAUCAGGGAGAGGUGUGUGGACAUUGGGUUUCCCUGGUGGAGCUGCCUGCCUUGUAUGGAAAACCUCAGGAGGCAGUGAUGGAGGAAUCACUCAGGUGUAUCUCCCUCUGUGAUCCUGAGGGUGUCCAUGCCUUCAUCCUGGUCCUACCUGUGGCUCCCCUCACUGAUGAAGACAAGGGAGAGUUAGAGACCAUCCAGGACGCAUUCAGCUCUCGAGUCAAUGACUUCACCAUGAUUCUGUUCACUGUGGACUCAGAUCCCACAGAUCCAGCUGUUCUUAACUUUGUAAGACAAGACAAGGACAUUCAGAAGCUCUGUCAACGUUAUGGACAAAGGCCUGUUAUUGUUAACAUCAAGGAUAAAGAGCAGAUCCCCAAGUUGUUGGACACUGUGGAGCAGAUGAGAUGUACAAACAAACCAUGCUGCUACACAGCUGUAACAUUUGCUCGAGCCCAGAUUGAUCUGAUAACUAAAAAUAUGGUCACUCGUGAUGAAGAGAAGCAGAACACGGAGCCUCUCAGGAUUGUGCUGAUAGGAAAGACCGGCAACGGAAAGAGCUCAUCAGGAAACACCAUUCUAGGAAGGGAAGUGUUUAAAGAAAUGCCAAGUCAAAUAUCAGUCACCAAACAGUGUCAGAAAGCACAGGGCGAGGUGGACGGCCAUCCGGUUGUUGUGGUCGACACUCCUGGUCUGUUUGACACAACUCUGUCACACGAAGAAGUUCAUGAGGAGAUGGUGAGAUGUGUCAGUCUUCUGGCUCCAGGACCACACGUCUUCCUGCUGGUGUUACAGAUUGGUCGUCUCACAGCAGAGGAGAAGGAGACAUUAAAACUUAUAAAGGAAGGUUUUGGGCCGAAUUCAGAAAAGUUCACCAUCAUUCUUUUCACUGAGGGAAAUAAACUAAAAAAACUAGAAAGAAAACAUGAGGAAGAAAAGGAAGCCAUCAAAAAAAGAUUGGAAGAAGAGAAGAAAAAACUUCAGCAGGAAAGAGACCAGAAACUCAAGGAGAUGGAAGAAAAUAUGAAAAAGGAGCGCGAGGAGAGGAAGAAAGAACAGGAAAUGAGAGAAAAAGAGAACAGGAAACGGGAAGAGGAGGAAGAAAAACGUAGGCAGGAUUUUAAAAUGCAACUUGAAAUAUUGGACAAACAAAUUCAGUCAGAAAAAGAGGAAAAGAAAAGGAUUGACAAAAAGCUGGAAGAGAGCAGAGACGAGAUGAAGAGAAAACAAGAAGCCUGGGAGAAAGAACGAAGAGAAGAAAGAGAGAAACAAAAACGAGAAGAUGAAGAGAGACGACAAGAGGAGGAAAAACGACUGAAAGAAGAGAAAGAAAAAAUGCAGCAGGAAACAGAGCUGAAAAUCAAAGAGAUGGAGGAUAAUAUUAAUAAGGAGCGUGAAGAGAGAAAGAAAGAACAGGAAAUGAGAGAAAAAGAGAACAGGAAACGGGAAGAGGAGGAAGAAAGACGUAGGCAAGAUUUUAAAAUGCAGCUUGAAAUGUUGGACAAACAAAUUCAGUCAGAAAAAGAGGAAAAGAAAAGUGUGGAUAGGAAGCUGGAAGAGAGCAGAGAAGAAAUAAGAUGGAGAAGCGAGAACUGGGAGAAA